AUGCUGAAACAACUUUCAGUAAACAUACCACUGGUGGAAGCCUUGGAGCAGAUGCCAGGAUAUGCCAAGUUCAUGAAAGACUUGGUUACCAAGAACAGAUUUGUAAGUAUUGAUUUCUCUAUGGAUAUUCAUCAUUGCAGCUCCAUAGCUACUAGAUCACUGGUUCAGAAGAAGGAAGAUCCAGUAUCUGCAAUAGAGGUGGUUACUGAUGAAGAAAUGAGAGUACCCAUUGAAGAGAGGAUGGCUGUUGAAACAUUAGCUGCAGUGCUGAUGAACUUCGAAGCUGAUUUCAGGUCAGAUUAUGUAGAGACUGCCAAGCCCUCCAGCGAAACCAUCCAUCGAGGAGACACUGGUGCUGGAACUGAAAUAGUUACCCAGUCACCUCAGAUGCUUGAUAGGUUGGCAGGUAAAGGGUGGUACUGUUUCUUAGAUGGAUAUUUUGGCUACAAUCAGAUAUCAAUUGCUCCUGAAGAUCAGGAAAAAACCACUUUCACAUGUCCUUAUGGCAUCUUUGUGUUUAAACGCAUGCCAUUUGUAUUAUGUAAUGCACCAACAACAUUCCAAAGGUGUAUGAUGUCCAUCUUCUCAGACAUGGUUGAGGAUACUCUAGAGGUAUUUAUGGAUGAUUUCUCUGUAGUAGGUGAUACUUUUGAUGACUAUUUGUUCAAUCUUUGCAGGGCUUUACAGAGAUGUGAGGAGGCCAACCUAGUGUUGAAUUGGGAGAAGUGCCAUUUCAUGGGAAAGAAGGGCAUGGUCCUGGGAAACAAAGUAUCACAGAAGGGGAUAGAGGUCGAUAAGGUAGAGAUCGAGGUGAUUGAAAAGUUACCUCCGCUAAUUUGUGUGAAGGGUAUUAGAACCUUUCUAGGCCACGCCAGGUUCUAUAGGCGUUUCAUCAAGGACUUCUCCAAAAUUGCACACCCCAUGUGUAAGAUUUUGGAGAAGGAGGUGAAAUUUGUCUUUGAUGAGGCAUGUCUCAAAACAUUUGAGUGCCCAAAGGAAAACCUGAUUUCAGUACCAGUGAUCACUGGCCCAGACUGGGCGGAUCCAUUUGAGGAACUAUUGGUUGUGGUGUAUGCGUUUGAAAAGUUCAGAGCAUACUUGCUGGGCACUAAGGUGAUAAUUCAUAGAAACCAUGCUGCUCUGAGAUACCUCAUGGCAAAGAAAGAUGCCAAGCCGAGGCUGAUCCGAUGGGUGCUGGUAUUAGCUGUAACUCUUGACCUUAUCCCUUGGUUUGCUGAUUAUGCUAAUUUUCUUGUUAGUGAUGUAAUGCCUGAAGGACUACCAUUUCAGCAAAGAAAGAGGAUUCGCGCUGAUAACAUCAUCAGGCGGUGCAUUCCUGAAGCUGAGAUGCUGCACAUUUUGGAGGCCUAUCACUCAUCUCCAGUGGAGUUGUUUGAUGUGUGGGGCAUUGAUUUCAUGGGCCCAUUUGUGAGUUGCUAUGGACAGAACUAUAUAUUAGUUGUAGUGGACUAUGUUUCCAAAUGGGUUGAGGCCAUUGCAUUACCUGAGAAUGAUGGCAAGAGUGUAGCUAGAUUCCUAAAGAAGAAUAUUUUCUCAAGGUUUGGCACACCCAGAGACAUUAUCAGGAUGACCAAUGGACAAGUAGAGGUUUCCAAUAGGGAAAUCAAGGCAAUCUUGGCAAAGACAGUAAAUGCCAACAGGACAGAUUGGGCACGAAAGCUAGAUGAUGCUCUAUGGGCAUAUCAGACAGCUUUCAAGACACCUAUUGGAAAGCUGAGAUGUAAAUGGUCUGGACCUUUUAAGGUCACACAUGUUUUUCAAUCUGGUGCUAUUGAGCUGGAAAAUGAUAAGGGUGAGAGGUUCAAAGCUAAUGUCCAGCGAAUCAAGGCAUAUUUGGGUGUUCCUGAGGAUGUGAAGAUUGUAGAGGAAUGUAAACUUGAUGAAGUCUGA